AUGACUGACCCUCCGGAGCCUUCUUCCAGACAUUGCCAGAACGACUCUGCCGCUGCACCACCCCUGCAGUAUCCUACUCAUCCGCCCUUGAGUGCUUCUGUCGAGGAGUGGUUAUCUUCAUCGAGGCCUAUCAGCAUGACGUCCAACCUCCCAACUACAGACCAGACCUUAAGGUCACUCAGUGAAAGCUGGGCCACCAUGAGCGUCUCCGAUAUCAAUUCAGAGGACGGUACUCGCUCGGAGCUGACCGAUAUGGGGUCCUUAAUUGACCAGGCCGGGCCAGACGAUGUGGCUAGCCUUGACGAGACGUCUAGCAACAGUGAAAUUGGUGCAAGUGAUGAUGACAGGUACUACGGCGAGGAUUAUGAACUGAGGAGCGAUGUGUCGGCCUCCCGAGAAUUGUUAUCAGCUUACCCUCAUCUCGUCGGGACUGCCACCAACGACAGUAGCCUCACCACCCAGACUGCUUUCCGCCAGUCAACCGAGUCAAUCGAGUUUGUUGAGCCUGAGAGUUGGCCCGAAGUCGAACGCGUAGAAUUGAAACACACGAUUCGGGUAUUUGAAAGCCCUGAGGCAGAAGCUUUGAAGCAGAAAUUCUCUGAUAUGCCCCAAGCGUCAACACUGACAGCCACAGUGCAACAGACCAUGAUGAAGAGAUCCCUGGACACAGACAAACCAUUCCGUGUGCUAUAUGUUGGCAGCCCGGACUUCCGCAACAUCAUCCUCGAUAAAUUUGGAGAUGUUUUGGUGGCAAGCUCUCCCUGUAGCAAUUACGAAAGCAGUUCCACCGAGUCCUCCAGGUAUCAUGUGGUGCCGACAUCCUUUGGUGCAGGGGCAGUUCCUAACUUUGCGGAGCUCCUGCCCAUUCAUGUUCAACUUAUUGUGGACGAAUGUCUCACAGCAUCCACAUACACCAAAGCCGAUGAGCCCAACGCGAUCACCCUGAGUCUCAAGAAUCGACCUUCAUGUACGUCAAUGUGGACUGGGGCCGACUAUCGCAUCUCUUCUCGUGUGGACUGGACGCUACCCGAUGUAGCCAUCAUUUUUCUAGCCGACACGGACAGUGCCGGUGCCAUGGAGACUCAAAAGUGGGCUCACACCUUCAUGGAACGGCACGGUGUCCCCACAAUGGCAAUAUCAGAACGUCCGCUCUGGUCGAUGUCUAGAGAUCCUGUUCCCGUCAAUCACCAUAGCCUUCACAUGUGCCUAGAAUCGCGUGAUCCAGUGACAGGAAAGUCUAUAACUGUGAACAGGUUCCCGAUUGAUAUCAAGACAUUUGAGAGUAUUGCACCCGGGCAGCUGAACAGAAAUCUGGCAUCUUUGGCCACCAUAUAUCCAAGGAAAGUCUACCGGGUCGCCCUCGAGCCUUCACCUGAGCCGGUCUUGAAACCAGCUUUGGACCCUGCGAUACCCCCUUGGAAAGUGGUUCUCCGCCUGUUCAGCAACAGUGAAUACAAACUGGCAUCCUUUAUUCGCUUGAGUGCUCUGCUCGCCGCUUCCGUAUUGACUAUUGCUCUUGGCCAUUUUGUUCUCCGAGCACUUGUCUUGUUCCUUUCGCAGUACUUUGCUCAGUCUGGAGUCUCCAGCGCAAUUGCAACUUAUUCCACAAAUAUCCCAACCGCCAGCGGGCUCUCUAUGGACGGGUCACUCUCGGUGCUGCCGUCGAAUAUUGCUGACCUCCAAGCUCAAGGAGCCCAAGCACUCGGCCGCUCUCCUUUGGAAGAAUUCAUGGAUGGACUCCUCUCUCCGUCUCAACACACUGAAAGACCUGGGGAAUUCGAAUUGCAGGUGAUUGGCGAUUGUCACCUCGUCAUCAAGCCACCACAUAAAUCCUUUAUCGGCAAAAAAGGACCACGAUUUAGCGUACAGGUUAAACGACAUGACAAGUCUCUUGACUACGAACUUUCGACCCUGUUUGAGGGGGUAUACACCUUGAGGCUAGAGCGAGCUGAUGCCUUUGGGUUGGUUAAUGUCACAAUAUUCACCACCUCAAAGCCGCAUUAUACGCAAACUACUUCCGUGGACUUUGGUACGCCAUGGCUUAAGGUUCAAAACUGGAAACGAGCAGCCCACGCCAUUUCCUCCCAGUUCUUGAAGGAAUUUGGCACUGCGCAAACGGGCCUGUCAGAGGCAUAUGGCCGCAUCUGUACCGAUCUCCAGGUCCUCAUGGGCGACGUCGUUAAGAAAGCUCAUUUUCUGCGGCGAGAGGCGUCCUCUCUACGACACGACUCAAUGCAACUCUCUCAUGGAACAAAAGAGCUGGUUCUCUCGAAAUCGGCGCAGCUUACUCAGGUCGUCAGACGUACUGCCGUGCAACCUCUCUUAGCCGCCUCAGCCGCUUUCCAAGGUCACACUGAAAGAGUCAACAGAGGGGCCAGGGAGAUCAUGAGUGACACAUGGAACAAGCUCAGUGCUUCUGCGCAAGGGCUUGAUCUUGCAAGCGUGAAGACGCAUAUCCGCAAUGCAAAUGCAAGGAAGUGUCAGGCCUUGAACAAAGCGCAGCAGAGGGCUAGGGGCCUCAUGAAACGGAAGACUUGCCGGCAGAGUAGAUGUGCCAAGUAG